ACACAGGGUUUAGCAGUGCGGUGGAGUCAUACCAUGAGCCCUUUCUGAACAAGUUUAGAAAUAUUCCCAGCCGGAACUAAUGUGGACCAGUUGUGCUUGAUCCGCUUCAGGAUUUCUCAGUUAUUUUCUCCAAGUUUCGUAUGCAAUCACGGACUAAAACAUGAAUGAACAGCAACUUUAUGUAUCUCAGGGCCAGUAUGGGUACACCAUCGGAGUGAACCAACAGCGUGAUACUCGCCUACUCUACCCUAACCAUGCCAUGCCAUGCAGCCUACAGGCUGCAGACUCAAACGGCUUACUACCAGACUCCUCAAAGACAAUGCACAACAGUAACAUGUCCGACCAACUAAUCAGUCACAAUCAUGCGCACGCUAACGGCCGAAUGGCCUUACAAUAUGACAAUCCUAUAGACUUGUCCAAUCGACUUGAGGGUGCUACGCAACAUGUGCAGAGCAGGGAUUUAAACGGUUAUGGGAAGAUCCCGCGCUACGAACAUCAUGUUGACACGACGUCGUACCGGCAUGCGCACAGCCACAACCAAUCUGGUCAGAACAAAGUCACGUCUUCGAUGAGUAUGGUCGGAAUGCCUGACCAGUCGCAUGAAUCAGGAAACGCACACAGUCACAUGAUCCCAGGGUCCCUGACACCACCGGACAAGGUGAAUGGCGACAUGGUCACUCUAGCAACAACGAGUCCCCUCAGCAUCAGCACUAUGGCUACCUCAAUUCAGACACCACCGAGUCCUAUGCCCACACCGUCACCGCCUCUUAGUCAUCUUCGCAGUGAGCAUGAUACUCGCCAUCAUAAUGGCCAAUUCCAAGACCAGAGAUUAACCAGAGAAGGGAUGCGCAAAUACCUUAGAGAUCGAGGUGACCAGGUCCUGGUCAUUCUCCAUGCCAAAGUCGCACAGAAAUCAUACGGCAAUGAGAAAAGGUUCUUCUGCCCUCCACCAUGCAUUUACUUGUUCGGAAAUGGUUGGAAGCGAAAAAAGGACCAAAUGGAGCGUGAUGGUGCCGCCGAGCAGGAGUCGCAAGUUUGUGCUUUCAUGGGAAUCGGAAAUUCAGAUCAGGAAAUGGUCCAGCUGAACUUGGAUGGGAAAAAUUAUUGUGCUGCCAAGACGUUGUACAUAUCAGAUUCGGACAAGAGAAAGCAUUUCAUGUUGUCGGUGAAGAUGUUUUAUGGAAAUGGCCAGGAUAUCGGUGUGUUCAACAGUAAACGAAUCAAGGUGAUUUCUAAGCCUUCCAAGAAGAAACAGUCACUCAAGAAUGCUGAUUUAUGCAUAGCGUCUGGUACAAAGGUCGCACUUUUCAACCGCCUUCGAUCACAAACGGUGUCAACUAGGUACUUACAUGUAGAGGGAGGCAACUUCCAUGCCAGUUCUACACAAUGGGGUGCUUUUACUAUUCAUUUAUUGGACGACAAUGAGAGUGAGUCGGAGGAGUUCACAGUCCGUGAUGGUUACAUCCACUAUGGUUCGACAGUCAAGUUGGUUUGUUCAGUCACAGGGAUGGCGCUACCGAGGCUGAUCAUUCGAAAAGUGGACAAACAGACCGCAUUACUGGAUGCGGACGACCCCGUCUCUCAGCUUCACAAAUGUGCCUUUUUCAUGAAGGACACAGAGAGAAUGUACCUCUGUCUAUCUCAGGAAAGAAUUAUACAGUUCCAGGCUACACCUUGUCCAAAGGAGCCAAACAAGGAAAUGAUCAACGAUGGUGCCUCAUGGACUAUAAUUAGCACAGACAAAGCUGAGUACACAUUCUUUGAAGGGAUGGGUUCUGUCAAGUCACCUGUGACUCCAGUACCUGUUGUCAACAGCUUACAUUUGAAUGGAGGUGGUGAUGUUGCUAUGUUAGAAUUGAGUGGGGAAAAUUUCACACCAAAUUUACGAGUAUGGUUCGGUGACGUUGAGGCAGAGACUAUGUACAGAUGUGAAGAAAGCAUGCUGUGUGUAGUGCCUGAUAUAUCUGCAUUCAGAGCAGGCUGGAGAUGGGUACGCCAGCCUCUGCAGGUUCCCGUAUCCCUGGUUCGAAACGAUGGAGUCAUCUAUGCUACUGGACUGACAUUCACGUACACACCAGAGCCAGGACCUCGGCCACACUGCCGAGAUGCUGAUCAGAUUAUGCGGCCAGGUGGAACGGUUCAAGCGUUACAAAGUCCGGAUUCGUCAACGACACAUUUUGUGCCGGUCCCAGUUGGAAAUCCGAAUCAGAUGUGAUGUGAUCCUAAAAACUUAUCCUUCCAAUCGUGUAGCAUUUUGACUGACUUAUACAAAUUGUGAACUUUUAACUCCAUUCUUUGAUAAGUUUUGAUAUUUUCAUGCCCUUCAUGGAGUGAAAUGGAGAGGACAUUAUAAAAUGGAGAUUAUAAAACUGAGAUUGAGUGAAGUCUACCCUAAGGACUUGGUAUAAUGAAAUAAACACCCGACAUGUUCUUACCGAAAUGAAGAAUGUCCAAUUGUCUCAAACUGGGAAGACUCAGCCCAGAAGAUUUUAUAAUUACACGCGAAACAAAUUCGUAUGUUUUGUUUUUAUAUGCCUAUCCUUAGGGUUCGGAUGUGUUGCACUGCCAAGUUAUAAGUGGCACUUGAGAACACUGCAUUUUGUGUUUGGCCAUCCAGGUACCUUUAAUGACUGGAAGAGGGGAUUGAAAGACUUUUGAUAGAUAUGGACUUUGACUUCAGUGAAUGCAUCUUAGAAUUCCAUGUAUAAAGUUUGAGCGUCUUCAGACCUCUUCAAAUGAUUAACUAGGAGCUAGUACGAGUACCAGUUAUCAGUGGUAUUCUGAGAAAAUGUGUGCUACCUGAUUUGAAUUCCUAGUUCAUGCUUUAAACCAAAGCAAUAAUCCAUUGUUCCAAUAGUUUGUGGAAACAGGAAGGGACUAAAUUAUACCAAAAAUGACAAUGCUAACAGCAAUGAGUUCAUAUGAAGUUAUUGUUUAGUUACAUUUUGUGUGUAAUUCCUAACAAGGAGCCUAAGGGUUUUGCUUCUUUUUGACAGUCCAUUGUGCUGACUUAAUAUUUUCUUCUUUUGAGUGUAAAAACCCUUUUAUAAUAGGGAUUGACUGUAGACACAAAGAGAUUAAACAACCAGACGAAAGCGCAUUGUGACUUAAAGAACUUUACGAUCAAAGAAGUUAUCCAAGAUCAUCGUACUUAUUUAAUAAUGUACUUAUUUAAUAAUGUACUUAUAUGACAUGGCAUUCAAACUGAUUUGCAACCAAUUUUGUGUAAAACUUGGUUCGAUGCUGGACAUUUUGUUGGAGAUACCACGAAAGUGUAGCCAGAAGUGACAGCAUUUGGGUUGAUCAUGGAAGUUUAUACCUAAUGAAGACAUUAUAUAUACAGACUACAGUGUAUAUGAAGUAAUUAUAAAAUUCAGAAAAAUGUUGUUUGGCGUUUUUGUACGUUCCGCUUCAGGGAAUUUACAUCUGGGCAUUGAAAAUUGAGAUUAGUUAAUAAUGUACUCAAAAGAUAGCAUGAGCUCUUUGAAAGAGAAUUGUGGAUAUAGCUUGGUUUGAAGAAAAAGAUUCAUCACCCAAGUUUUAUUGGCCUUACUGGUCAUAUUGUGUAGCUUACUGAAUUUGUAUCUGCAUGCAGUUCCAGGAAAUAUGGGUGAAAUGAAGUGUGUGUGGGGGAGGGAGGCAUUGUAUUGGUAAAUAAUGGAACCCGAGUUUCUGUUACUUUAUACGAUAUUAAAUGAGGAACUUAUAGCUUUGUGAACAUUUCACAGCAUUACAGUACGCUAAGAUUGCAAACUAGUUUGAUAUUUCUGAGCAAAUACAAACAUUAGUAGCACCCAGAAACUAUUGUGUACGCUUUAUCGACAAGUCCCUCUUUUCGGAGGUGAAUAGGAAAGGAGUAUUUGAGUUAACAGAAAAUUCCGUUUUUGUAUUAUUAAAGAAAAGUUGUGGAAAUAAUUGUAGUGUAUAGACUACAUUGAUUUGAUAAACAUUGUCGCAUUUUCCAUGUUGAUAAUUACUAAGAGUUGAUUUCACCUGAAGCUUGCAAGUACUUCCUGUGCACUUCAUGGGGUUGUGUACAUAACACAUGGUAUUACUUGCAAAUUUGGUAUGAAAUGGACUGUGAUUGUGCUCUUGUAUAUAUGCCAAAAAAUAGCACUAUAGUCUAGAGAGAAAUUGUAGUCAAUUCCAUCAUAAUAUGAUCCAGAAUAAUAUUGCAUUUUUAAUACACCGUGGAGUGUGCAUUUUACACUCUAAUGUACAUUUUACACUGUGGAAUGACACAUUUUACACUGGAAUGUACACAUUUUACACUGUGGAUUGUACACUACAGUGGAAUGCAUAUUUUGCACUGGAAUGUACACAGUUGAAUGUACAUUUUCAUUGUAGAAUGCAUUUCAGCUCUUGUCAUCUUCUGCUGGAAUUGACUCAACUGUAUUAUAAACCAUUGUUGUAUAACUUGUAAUACAAAGUGAACCCCCUUAUUUCUUGUGUCUCCCGUAGAAAGUAUUAUCAAACUCCAAAGUUCUCCAGUGUGGUAUUGCCAAAUCCGUUUUCUUCCAUGUGGAAAUGUGUUGAAUAGAAAGGACAGUGCAAUGAAGAAGGGAUGCACGUUUCUGUAUCAACUAUUUUGCUUUGCAACAACCUCUCCUGUACAUGUAAGUUUCUAAUGGUAAGUGCUGGUUUUUGGUCUGCCAAUUCGAUAGGCUACCAGGAAAUUACGCCCGGUCGCCGACUGUUACUAGGGUAUUACAUUAUUGUGACUUUGACAUGACACAAGGUUUGUCACAGGUUUUGAUGUACCGUAGUGAAAAUAUGUGCCCCCUAUUAGAAUGCCAAAACACUAUUGGUGGUGCCCAUUAGGAACGUUAUGAAGUUUCCUUGGAAUGCAUUUCUUCAGUUGAGUGGCAUGUUAACCUUCUGCCUGUUUCCCUUUCAUUAUUCUCGUUCUCUUUCUACAUUUUUAAAAAUGUUUAUUAGGGGAAUACCAAUUCUAUGAUGAUACCAAGCUUUUCUUGCAUUCCUUGUAGAUACUGCCUGUGUGCUAUUCAAACCCGUAUGUAUAAGUGUACAUGAUAGUGUAUAUUUUAUCUCGACGUAUGCCAACCUGUCUUUAUACCAGUAGGCAUUAUGUAUGAUGCACACAAACAUUAACUCUUUAUUCCAAAUCUGAUUUUCCAAAAAGGUGUGAAAACACAGGUUUAGAUCUGGCCCAUUUUAGGUCGCUUUCGUUUUGAAAUUGAAUCUUAUGGUUAACUAAUUCAGGGCAGCAGUUAUAUAACCCACACAAUAGAACCAAAAUGUGAACCAGCAUCCAAUCACCACAGUACAGUCUCAGGCGUAGGUGAGGGGGCUUCUGGAAAAAUCUUUGAAUUCGACUAUGAAAAGGCCAAAAUAAAUCUUUAGAACUGACUGUGGCAAUCCCCAAAAAAUCGAAAACGAAUUUUUCACCUUUGCACCACACCGCCUCACCUACAGAAAUCAUAACACCUAUGAAAUCCAAUGCACUGAUGCGGCAAAUCUCUAUGGCAGUCUUGAAGCUAUUCAAAGAUGGCACCACUAUCGAUUACAAUGCAAAAAUUUGGCCAGCAAUUGAUAGUAUGCUGAGUGUGCCACUCGCACCAAAAAGGCUUUAUUUUGUGGAAAUUCAUAUUUGAUUUGAAGGGUUAUUGAACAAUAGCAAUACUCAUUAUGUCGGAGUAUACUAGUACAUACUUUCUAUAAACCUAUCGAACUGACCAAGACCUGUUCAUAUGGACUAUUGCUUCUGUUGAUAUUAAGAUCUGACAAGGUGAGAUAAAGGAAACUGAAAUUGUUGAAAAGUCAGAGAUUUUUUGAACUGACCUAAGGUGGAAUUCUGAUAACCUUUUUUAUGGACUGGUCUUGGUAUGUUUCCCUUCUCUCUUACAAGUCAACACUCUCGUGUACGUUUAUGAUGAAAAAUUAUCUUAGUCAGUGUGAUCACCUGAUUUGUACUAUUGUAUGUUCCCACCAAUUUUAAUUUUUUUACAAAAAUAAAAACCAUUUGUAUGUAAAAGCCAA